AUGCCCGAACUCCUGCCCAUUGAUAUCAAGCAUACAGUUGAAUCGUUUAGUUUGCAACCAGAGGAGAGCGUCAAAUAUCUGUCCUACCUGACCACAGUGAUAUGUAUAAUCAGGAUUACUCCUUUAAUACACCAUUGUGAUUCAAACAGUGACGCCUACAUUUUGCUUGAAGAAAUCGAAGAUCAGGCGGAAUCUACUACCUCCAGUCGACUGUACGCUGUACGGCUACAAUCAGCUUGCACCUCGUCUAACAGUGCUUUCAUGGAGAACAGCCUGGCACUUGAAGAUGCGGAUGAAUCGUAUGAAUCGAGCUGGAAGGAACUGGAUUUAUCACAGCACUUUUAUUUUGACAAUUUACGAGAAUUGAUUGGUCGUGUAGUGCGGACAAUGUUGCAGCACUUAGCGAGCGCUUGCGAGUAA